CACCCACAAACACACCAACUGAAGCUGUUUACCCGCAAUCCACGUCUCUCUCUUCUACUCUUUCACCUUCCUCAAGGCCGCCCAAUCUCCUUGAGCUACAUCAACCCCUCUCCUACUUGAUUCCACCGCUCCCCCCGCCGUCAAAUCACAGCUUCGGCAUUCACCAUGUUCAGAAACAACUAUGACAACGAUUCGGUGACCUUCUCACCACAAGGUCGCAUCUUCCAAGUCGAAUAUGCAUCAGAAGCUGUGAAGCAAGGUUCCGUCGUCGUAGGCAUUGUGAGCAAGACCCACGCCGUGCUAGCCGCGAUCAAGCGCAAUGCAGAAGAGCUCUCUUCGUACCAAAAGAAAAUCAUCCCAAUAGACAGCCACUACGGCAUCGCACUCGCCGGCCUCGCCUCCGACGCCCGCGUCCUCUCCAACUUCAUGAAACAGCAAUCACUCGCCUCACGUCUGACGUACGACCGCGCAAUCCCGCUCUCCGAAAUCACCCUGCGCAUCGCCGACCGCGCGCAGACGAACACGCAGCAGUACGGCAAGCGACCCUAUGGUGUAGGCCUGCUGAUUGCGGGCGUGGAUAGCAAGGGUCCACAUCUGUUCGAAUUCCAGCCGAGCGGGGUUACGCAGGAGAUGGUUGCGUGUGGGAUCGGUGCCAGGAGUCAGAUGGCAAGGACGUAUCUUGAGAGGCAUCUGGAUAGCUUUGGGGGCUGUGGACGGGAGGAGUUGAUCAAGCAUGCGUUGAGGGCGUUGAAGGAGAGUCUGAGCCAGGACAAGGAGCUUACGGUAGAUAACACGAGUGUCGGCAUUGGUGGCAUUGGAGAGAACUUCGCCCUAUAUGAGGGUCAGGACAUCGCUGAGUGGCUGGAUGCGACGUUCGAGAAUCGGGAAGGUGGAGAUGACGAGGGCGGUGAUGCAAUGGAGACGGAUUCGUGAGGAUGAUCUCGGAUAGCGGACUGCUGUCGAUUCACUUCCUACGGGUAGCUACUAAGGCUAGAUGCUUGGUGUCACGAUAGAGUUGGGUUUCUGGUAUGAAAUCUGAAAUGCAAUGCCAUGCAGUUAUAAGAAA